AUGGAAGAGAAGCAGAAGAUCGCCGAGGCGGAGAGCCUCAAAAAACUCGCUUUCUUUGGUACGUUUUCUUGCGGGCUUUCGAUAUUAUAGUUUUAGAUUUUUAGCACCUUUAAGCUUUCUAGUUCUUGCUUUGAAUCCUCGAGAAACCACACAAUAUCUGGCCUAGACGUUUUUGUUUUUCAUAAAGUUAAUUGGAUUUUGGUAGGAACUCUAGAACCUAUCUGGAAGUUCCUUUAAAAUCUAGAAUGCUCUACAUCCUUUUCGACGUCUUUUGAAACUUUCCUGACUUCUUGAGCCCUCUCUUCACCCCAAAGUCUUCCAGGAAUCUCGGUGUCGACGAUCGCCACCCUGACGGCCAUCAUCGCGGUGCCGAUGCUCUACAACUACAUGCAGCACGUGCAGUCGUCUCUUCAGAACGAAGUCGAGUUCUGCAAGCAUCGAACCGACGGUCUUUGGGAUGAGUUCCACAGAGUAGGCCCAUCUUGCAUCAGUGUUAUCUAAAAUCAAAUGCAUUUUCAGUUCGAGACGGUGAAAGGAGUGGAUUCUCGUAUCAAAAGAGACACGCGCUCUCGCCGUGGCGGAUACUCCGAGGGAGGAGCAGCCGGAGGCGGAGGUGGAGGAGGAUCGUGCUGUUCGUGCGGAAUCGGAGCCGCCGGGCCAGCCGGAGCUCCAGGAAAGGACGGAGCUCCAGGAGAGGACGGAAAGGCCGGAAACCCCGGACAGGCCGGAUCCGACGCCGAGGCCGCUGCCGCUCCAACCGCCGCCGACUUUUGCUUCGAUUGCCCACCAGGACCAGCAGGACCAGCCGGAGGACCAGGACCCGCCGGACCACCAGGACCAGCUGGAGCUCCAGGAAACACGCCAUCCGGAGGAGGCGAAGGACCAGCAGGACCACCAGGACCACCCGGACCACCAGGAAACGACGGAGCCGCUGGAACCCCUGGAAACCCUGGAGCACCGGGACAAGUCACCGAGGUGCCCGGAACGCCAGGACCAGCAGGACCAGCAGGACCCGCAGGACCACCAGGACCAGCCGGAAACCCAGGAGCCGCUGGAGCCUCAGAGCCAGGACCACCAGGACCAGCUGGAGACGCUGGACCGGACGGAGCGCCAGGAAAUCCAGGAGCGCCAGGCGCACCAGGAGAAGCCGGAGCGCCGGGAAGCGGCGGAGGAUGCGAUCACUGCCCACCGCCACGUACCGCCCCAGGAUAUUAA